GAGCCCAGGAGUGGCCGGGGACACCGGGCAGGGCUGCAGCAGGACGGUAGGAAGGGAGCGAGUUAGGGUGGAGGCCAAAGGGAAGAUGAGCGUGGGUCAGAUGCCCACUGCCCCUGGCAGACACCGCUCGAGACCUUUGCCACACUUCCUGCGAGGAGGGCCUGGAAUCACUCUCUGCCAGCAGGUUUUACAGCUCUUUAAAACACUGCACAGGACUAGACAACAAGUUUUUCAGAAUGAUCCAAGAGCUUUAGAAGCAGCCAGAAUAAAGAUUAAUGAAGAAUUCAAAAGUAAUAAAAGUGAGACUUCUCCUAGGAAAAUAGAAGAGCUGAUGAAAAUAGGUUCCGAUGUUGAAGUGUUAUUCAGAACAUCUGUUAUACAAGGUAUUCACACAGGCCACAACACACUAAAAUUGGUCCCUAGGAAAGAUCUUCUUAUAGAAAAUGUGCCAUAUUGUGAUGUACCAACUCAGAAGCAAUGAAUUUCCUAGGAUAAAACAAGUCUUUGCACUUUUUAAUUUUAAAAACGUAACUCUUGCAAAAAAGUCCUAAAAAUGCAGAUGCUUUUCUCUAAACUGGCAUAUUGGAAAUGAAUGACUUAAAUAAUAGCUUCAUAAUUCAAUUUCACAUUAAAAGGACAUUGCUAUGAACUGCAGAACACAGUAAAGCAUUUUUAAAUAACAUUAGGUAAAACAAUUUGUUUUCAUUGAAAAUCAAACUUUAGAGAGGGAGGUAUAUCAUGUUUAUUUCUCUGUGACCUUGAUACGUGUUUUAUCCUUACUGUAGCUGUUUGGAAAUGUGAUAUUUUGACAAGUUGGUGAGUUUUCCUCCCAUGGGUAAGGCAGUUAUUAGAUCGAACUGUUGUUUAGUCCCAAAAAUAUUAAAUCGGUUAAAAAAUCAUAGCAUAUGCCAGCUCUCCACAGAACAUCUGUUGUUUCCCAAAACACAGGAAUUAUUCCUGUAGCUAGCUAAUCAUUACACAGUUUCUUUUUUGAGAUACAGCAUGUCUCUGUGUUCUUAUAAAGAUGAUCUGAAGAUCAAUACAAUAUCAAAACCACCCAGGGUCACUAUGGAAUAAAGAAAUCCUAACUUUUUAGGAAGUAGUGGCCCUGGAUCAAAUUAUAAUGGACUUAGUAGAAGUAGCUGGGUUUAGGCCAGUGAGACAUUAUUGUGAAAAUGUAAGAGAUGCCUUCGUUCUCCUCACUUUAGUCAGUAAAACUUAGAUGGCUUCUCCAUGUCUCUUCUCCAAUGAGAUUGGCAGUGUUAUAGAAGGGCUUGGCAUUGGAUCAUCUAAUGCUAGGAGAUAUAAAAUUGUAUUUGAUAGUGUUUUUUUUUGUUUUUGUACCAGGGAUCGGACUUGGGACCUUCCCCUUACAAGGCAGGCAGUGGAAUCACUGAGCUAAAUCCCUAGCCCAUGUAUUUGAUAUUCUUGUUUCUCUUUUAUCUGUGUAUGUUUACCACUCUUGAUUUCUCAGUGAAUAGUGUGUUCUAUCCCAUUUACUUAGGAAUUUUCUCUCAUUUGAUGAUGAUACAAUGUUUUUUUAAUUUUGCAAGGUUUUCAGUGCAAGCUUUGUAAAGUUUGUUUGUUGGCAAAGCACUUUGAUGUAUCCAUACUGGAUAUAAAACAUCAUAUCUGAAAAUAAUUUCAUUUUAGAAGAUCCAAAUAUGAUCAAAAUAAUUUAGGUCUAGUAGAGGCCACCCUGCAUGUCUCCUAAUCACUUUUGAGGAGAUCAGUUUGUCUUCUGUGAAAUGUAUUAUACAUGUCCAAAGAUUCACUACAUACCUCUGUAUAUAGAAAUUAUACCUACAGAAAAAAGAAAGUUGUUUCAGGUUUGAAAUUUGCACUUACAAGAGAAAAUGCUAACAGUCAUCACAGGAUAACCGCUGCAUAAAUAUAAAUAAUGCUGACCUUACUCCAGUAAGUAUCAUGAAGAAAGAUGCCUGACAGAAUUUAAAGUUAGUGUACAUUCUGUGUUUUAGUAUCAUUGAACAUUUUUAGAAAUCAGGUUUUUCUUUUUCCGCCCUCUGUGGUACUGGUGAUUGAACCAGGGCCUUCAACUGAGGUGCACUCUCCAGCUCCUUAUAGCCUGGGCCGCACUCAGUUGCUCAGUUGCUCAGUUGCUCUCGCUGGCUUUGUCGUUGUGAGCCUCCCCGAGUGCUGGGAUCAGGUGAGAGGUGUGACCCUCCGCUUCCAGCAAGGCUUUUGUUUAACCUGGAUUCCUUGGUUCCAUUCUUAACUCAUGUUAAUUUAAAUAGAGAUUAAUAAUUUACAUGUUUAGGUUUUUUUAUUUUUUUGAGACAGGCUCAUGCUGUGUCGUCCAGGGUGACCUGAAACUCACUAAAUAGAGUCUGACCUCAACCUCAUGGUCCUUCUGCCUCGGCCUCCUGAAAGCUAGAAUUCAGAUAUGUACGUACCACCAUACCUGGCUCCUCACAUGUUCUUUUUGUUGUCAUUUUUAUUUUUUUGAAACAAGGUCUCACUAUGUGGUUGAGACUGGCUUCAAACUCACUAAGUAGCCCCCUCUGGCUUUGAACCUGUGGUACUUCCGCCUCAGUCUCCCGAGGGCUGGAAUUACGGGUAUAUACCACCAUGCCCGGCACCACAUGUUCAUUUUAUUAAAGCUUAUGGUUUAGAGAUUUUCUAUAAAAUAUGCAACUAGAGGUAGAUAGACACCAUAUUGUAUUUUCCUGCCUUAACAUUAUGUAGUAAGUUCCUGUGAAGUACAUUAGCCUAUCAACAGUAGGCUUGACUGUCACAAAAUUUUGGAAAAUGUGGCACCCUCUCACAUAGCAUAUAUGCAUAUUUCAAAUGACUUUUAAUUAGUUACUUAAUAAUGUUUUUUGGGGGGAACCAGUGAUCAAACUUGGGACCUUGAACUUGCGGGGCAGGCAGUGGCCCCACUGAGCUAAAUCCCCGGCCCCGUUACUUAAUAAUUUAACUAACUAGGGCUGAGGAUUUAGCUCAGUGGUUCAGUGGUUCUGCCGCCUGCCUUGCUAAGCGCAAGGACCUGAGUUCGAUCCCCGGUACCCCCCCCCCAAAAAAAAUUUAACUAGCAAAGUAAGUUUUGCAUUUUUGACCUUUUGCAAAGUGAAGGUUGGAGUCAGUAUUCUAGAGAAUAAACUACUGCACCUGUAUAGGGUUUAUUUCGUAAACCACUUGUAAAACCUUUGAGAAUGACAGCUAUCUAGGUAUCUAAUUUCUCUUGUUCAAUGUCAACAUUGAAAUCAUUUAGUUUGAAAAAACAGCUGUUCGGGCCGGGGAUUUAGCUCAGUGGUUCCGCCGCCUGCCUCGCAAGCCGAAGGACCCGAGUACGAUCCCCAGUACCAAAAAAACCCCAAAAAACCCCCAGCUGUUCAUGUUAUCACAGAUGUUACCCAAAUCACAUAUUCCAUUUGACUACUUUUCUAGCGAAAGUCAAGUAGAUGAGUUCUUAACAACUCUUAGCUCCGAUGCCCAGCAGGGCUUUGUAAAAUACUCUUUUAGGACAUGUUAGAAAUGUGUGUGAUUAAAAAAAAAAAAGAAAGAAAAAAAUGUAUGUAACAGACAAAUCAGAUUCAGCAAGCAUAUGUAGGGAAAUCUCCACUGAGCAUCUGAACUCAGGAAGAAAAUGGCAGAUACUAUAGUUUGCCUAACAUCUAAUUCAGAAAGUUCAGAUUAAGAUUUGAGUCACAUUUUACAUGGGUUCUUACUUUGCCUACAGUUGCAUCUCUCAACAUCAGUACUGUUUGUAAGAGUAGGUAGAAUUUCUGUAUUCACUGACAAGGCAAUGAUUUUACUUUUAAGGCAAAUAAUUGAACACAAAGCCAUAGGCCAACAAAUUCUGCCGCAUACCUGUAAUCCCAGCUACUGGCAUGUUUCAGACAGGGGGAUCAAAAGUUGAGACAAGCCUGGGAAACUUAGUGAGAUCCUGUAUCAAAAUAAUGCGAAAACAAAACGAAAAGGGCAGGGCUUUGGAUUUAACUCUGGUUCCACUGCCUGCCUCACAAGUGCAAGGUCCGGAGUUCAGUCCCCGGUACCAAAAAAAAAAAAAGAGAAAAGAAAAGGGCUAGGGAGGUAGCUCAGUGGUAGACAGCUUGCCAAGUACACACAUGGCCCUGAAUUCAGUCCCCAUUACUAGAAGAAAAAAUAAUUUAUUAAAGCUGAGUGUGGUGAUGCACGCCUGUAAUCCCAGCACUUGGGAGGCUGAGGCAGGAGGAUCAUCAAGAGUUCAAGGCCAGCCUGAACUACAAAGUGAGACUCUGUCUCAAAAAACAAAACAAGCACAAAAAUUAAUCUAAUCUAUUGAAUCUCAGUGAUUAACAGAUAUUCCUACAUAAAAAUAAAAAAUUUCUGUAUUCUGUGAUAAACCACUACAUUGAAGUGUAGAGAAAAUUAUUUGCCUCCAAUAUAAUUAUUAAAAUAGUUAAGAUCAGGCUGGGGAUUUAGCUCAGUGGUUCCGCCGCCUGCCUCGAAAGCACAAGGUCCUGAGUUCGAUUCCUGGACCCGCCCCCGAAAAGUUAAGAUACAAGGUGCUUCUAUGGGUCAAAUAACAAAACAACUCAGUGGAAAAAGUGAACAAAUGAUACAAAUAAAUUCACAGAAGAGGUACCAAGCCUCUCUAGUAAUCAGAGGGGCCAGGGAUUUAGCUCAGUGGUGCAGCCCCUGCCUUGCAAACGCAAGGUCCUGAGUUUGAUCCCCAGUACCAGGGGAAAAAAAAAAAAUGAGAGAAAUGUAAAUUAAAAUGAAACACUUGUUCCAAUUGUCACAAAUUCAAGGAACUUGAAUUCAUUUAUUUGUAAAGAUUGAAAGGUGUGCAGAAAUGUCAAUUUUCGUUUGUUUAUUUAUUUAUUUUUGGUCCUGGAGGUCGAUCUGAGGACCUUAUGCUUACGAGGCAGGCAUUACACCACUGUGCUAAAUCCCCAGCUGAAAUAUCAGUUUUUAAAGAAAUAUAAAUUACAGAACCACUUUUUAAAGGAAAGUUGACAUUAUCAAAACAAAAUAUACAUAUUCAGUGCAUUUCUCAGUAGCUCAGAAGUAUACUACUGAUGUGUGCUGAGAUAUAUGUACAGAAGUUUCUGUAACAUUGUAAUUGUAGGAGAUGGAAAACAGCUGGGUGUGGUGCGCACCUGUAAUCCUAGCACUCAGGAAGCUGAGGCAAGAGGAUCGCUGCACAUUUCGGGCCAGCCUGGGCUACACAGUGAGACUCUGUCCACCCAAAUAAAUAAGUAAAUACAGCUUACCUUUUUAAACUUAAGGGAAUCAUUAAAAUGUGGUUCAUCCACAGUUUGGGUAUUAUACAGGAGUUGAAAAGUGAUUUUUUUUUUCCUGGUACUGGGGAUCUAAAUCGGGACCUAGUGCUUGCGAGGCAGGCAGUGGCACCACUGAACUACAUACGCGGCCCAAUUUUUUUUUUUUUAAUACAUGCUUUCAAGUGAAAGAAGCAAGUCAGUACACGCUCAUUAUGAGUCCACAGGUACAAACCUGUUUGUAUACACACAUGAAUGUGUAUGCACAAAUGCAUGGACAUGGCACGUGCCAAAUGUUAGCAGUCAGUCAGGGAUGGAGACGAGGUCUGAGGAAGGGCGUGUAAAUUGAGGGUUUCUUGUUUGCUCCGUAUUUAGGUAUUGGGUGAGGUGCUAGGUUUGGUGUCGGCACCACAAAAAGUAAAUAGAUAGGUAAGUAUGUACGUCAACAUACAAUUUUAUUAAGCUUAUUGGUACAUUUUAGGGAUACAAUAUAGUUACAUUCAUCACUGGGAACCCGAACCAAUAUAUAAUUUUUUUUUUUCGGUACGGGGGAUCAAACUCAGGACCUUUCGCUUUUGAGGCAGGAGCCAGAACCACUGAGCUAAAUCACUGGCCCCACCCACCAACAUAUAAUUUUAAAUGAUAAUUUCUAAGCUACUUUUGAUUCCUAGUACCAAAAAAAAAAAGAUUCUAAGCUACUAUUGAUUUUAAAUUUAAAAUUAAUAAUCAAAUAUUAAUUCCCACAUAUGACACAUGCACGUUUACCAUAUUUGUUUAAAGAUCUUUCUAGAAGGUCAUCAUUUUUUUUCUUUCUGGUGGUGCUGGGGACCAAACCCAGGACCUCUUACAGGCUAGGCAAGCGUUCGCCUGAGCUGAACCCCCAGCCCUGGUCAAAAACUUACAAAGCUAAAGUCCAGCCCUCCUUUUCUCCUCUACAGGGAUAAUCACUGUUUUAUAAUAUGUGCAUUUCAUUCACAUUCUUGUUUUUUACUUUUAUCACAUGUUUAUAUUUUCAGAAAGUAGUACAUAGUACUUUGUGGUUUUAAAAUUAAAUGAGCAGUGGUAUGCCCUAUGUAUUAUUCUGCACUUCACAUUAGAUUUUGGAGAUUUAUCUGUAUUGUUGCAUGAAUAACUAAGUCUUUUACAUUUUAUUCCAUUGUAAGAAUAAAUCAAUUUGUUUAUCCAUG